UGUUGCUGUUCUUGUGUUCUAGUUCUAGUUCUAAAUCCUAAUCUAUUUACUAUAAUCAAUGGUAAUGCUAAUGCUGUUACUGUACUGUCAAUAAUCAUUAAUACAAUCGUAAAAGACCUAAACUAGGGUUAUGUUUAUAGUGGUUUUUAGACAGUUCGACAGUUGUGUUGUGAUCUCUAAAAUAAUAAAUUAUAAUUGAUUGAAUAAGUUAUAUCAUACUUAUAUUAGUGUGUUAAUUGACCAAAUGCGAUGGCCUCUUCAGAACCAGACGACAAAGCAGUAGAAAGUGAAAAUACUGAAAAUUUAACUGUUGAUGCUACUGGAAAUGGAAAAUGUCUAAUGGACCAUUUGGAGAUCAGUGUGACGGAAGCUGAAAAGAGAGCAAACUCGGCCCUCAACCUUAGAGACUACUACACUGUUUACUUGAUUGAAACAAAGAAGCUGAAUGAUGAUUGGCAUUUGCCCAUCCGUCCGCUAGGGUUGUUGUGGCGAAGGUACACGGAGUUUGAACAGCUACGUGCCUAUUUGGAGGUAACAUUUCUGUGGGCGGUAGUACCCCCCCUACCAGAGAAACGGCCUCUCUACACAUGGCACAAUACUCCUACUGACACCUUCGACCCGGACUUUGUUGACAGGCGUAGAGCUAGUUUGGAGAACUUUCUUCAUAGAAUUGCUGCACACCCAAUUCUCUCUAAGGAUCCUAUAUUCUUAGGAUUUCUUCAACAAGAAGAUGGUUGGAAAGAAACAGUCAAGCAGACAGGCUACUUACAGAAGGCAGAAACAAAACUUCGAGCCCUUAGUAUUGGUGUGAGGUUGAAAUGUACUGAUUCUAGAUUUGAAGACAUCAAAACAUAUGCAUCUGGUCUGCAUGUUAACCUACAUCACCUUCUGAGAGCAAGGGCCAAACUAGCAGCUAGGCUGUAUAGUGUAAACAAACUGCACCAAGGCUACGGGCGAGUGUUCAGUGAGUGGAGUGUGGCAGAGAGAGACAUGGGCGAUGGAUUGCAGAGAGCUGGACAUUUCUUCGAUUCCAUCGCAGCAGGAAUCGGAGCUGCCUUAGAGGACGAAGAACUUGUGGCAGAUCAGCUGAAAGAAUAUUUGUUUUUUUCGGGAGCCCUUCAAGCAUUAUGCAGGAGGCAGGAGUUGCUGCAAUAUGAAUUGGAACAAGCUCAGGAAAAUGUCCGAAUGAAAAAUCAAGAUAAAAUCAGGGUUCAACAAGGGAGGUCAGGGCUGAUGUCUCGUCUGUUUGGGUCAGUUGAGCCAGAGGAGGUUAGAGACAUGAAAGUGGCCCAGUUAGAGACCCGGAUACAGGCUGGUGAGCAAGUUGUGCAGGACUCCAAGGUGGCCCUAAGUGAUUUCUCUAACAAAGCUGUUCAUGAGUUUGAAGAAUUCCAGAUUAAGAAGUCAACUGAUUUGAAAGAGACUCUGGCCACUUAUAUGUCCUUGCAGAUGAAUAUGGCCAAGAAGGGCUUGCAGACAUGGACUCAUAUAAGAGAGUGCAUCGAAAGUAUACCCUGAAAAUGCUGUCACUGUAUUCUACUUGUACUUAAUAUUCCUACUGUGAUUCUUUACUUGUGUUCAAUUUGACCUAUGUUACCUUCAUCUUCAAUACUAUAAACAAUCAAUAGUGUUGAAUUGUUUGAGAUUAGAUAUUUUUAUCCGUACCAACAUUGUUCUAUUUAAAACACAUUUAUUGUUAUUUAUUUGCCUUUAGAGGUGGUUGUUAAAAUUUGUAUUAAAUUGAUUGAACUGGCUCUGUUUGGUAUGACACAAUCAAUUGUUAACUUUACCUCAUGGCCCGGCAGAGAACUUUUAUACUGUAGAUUCUUUCCAGUACAGAACAUUACUGGAUCUUUUAUUUAAUUUAUUAUUCCUCAAUAACUAACAAUUUUAAUAUAUGUCAACACAGGGCCCUGAUUGUAACUUGUUGGUUAAGAGGGUUUAUUUAACAUUCUGCUGUUUAAUACAAAAAAAUAUUGUUUUGGGCGAACUGUUACUAACAUUGAUAUCCACGUAUUCAAACAUACAAAUGGAGGAUAUUAAGUUUUUUUUUUAAAUAGUGUUUAUUCUAAAAUACCAUUAAAAUGUAAUAAAAUAAAAUGUAAGUGUAGCCAGUUAGUCAUUCCUACAACUAAAAAUUCUGAUUGCCAGAUUUACAGUACUUGCGGCUCUAGGCCAAAUUAUCCUGACCAGCCCCUGCCCCUUAAAUGGAACUUCCCCAUUAUUACGGAACACCAUCAGAACAUUAAACACUGUGGCCCUAAGCCACGGCUUAGUCGGCAUAGUGGUAAAUCCGGCACUGCUAGGGUCACAAUAGUUUAAUUAGUUUAAUCAGAAAUAAUUGUAUUAGUUUAGGUAAACUGUGAAAGUAGCUUAAUGCCAAUGGCAAGCUAAUGUCUGAAUAAUUAAUUUGUUUGUAUAUAGUGUCCUUUAAUAUGUUGAAUUUUUGUUUAGAAAUUAAAAUUAAUGUGUCCGUCUUGUAAAAUUGAUGAGGAUUAAUCCUUUAGUGAAGAUAUGACAUACUUAUUCAACACACACAUUAAUAAACUCUAGCUUUGUAAUGGAUAUACAUGAGAAGCAACUUUGUGAAGACAUAACACAAUUUGAUAUUUUACUCUUGUUUAGUUACUAGAGUAAAAUAUAAAAUUAUUAAAUAUGUUUAGGAGGAAAUCAGACCAUGAAUGAAUCAAUGAAUGACUUGUGUAGGCCAGUAAUGAUUUUGAUCUGGUAUAUUUUACAGUAAUGAUUUUGAUCUGGUAUAUUUUAUUCUAGCUAAUCUAAUAUGCUCAGUAACUUGUUAAAAUUUUGUAUUGUUCUCUCUUUUUGUAUUCCUCUAAAAUCCAUGGAUACUCAAACUUUUAUACCCUAAAAUCUGUUGGUGACUUUGAGGUAUAGAUUAGUGAUGCAAUUUUAUAUUAUUGAAACAAUAGUGAAUUGUAAAAAAAAAAUGGCAAUAAUAUUUUUUUAUCCAACCCAUAGGCCUACAUGAGAAAUAACUUGUCUGAAAAAUACCAUUCAUUGAAGUUAAGUGCUAAAGUGUAUUCAUUUGUUCCUAUUUUUUGCAUUUAUAAAUAACUUGUUAACUUUUCAGAUGCCUUCCAAAACUAACUAUAACUUUGAUGAAAUAGGUACUUUAGUUUCCCAGAGUUAAUGUUGGACCAAUUAGUGUUGUCGCAUUAGUUAUAUUUUCCAUCCAGCAAAGAGCUUGUUUUUAGUAAAAAAAAUUAAGUUUAAUAAAAGUGUAAAUUACAAUUGUGUUGUGAAUUGGACAGCUUAGAUCUACAUUAUAGUGUAAAACUGUCUUUUUGCUAACCUUGUGUAAGUUAGGCUUUAAUGUUUAAAUUUGUGUGUUUUGUUUUUAGUAAAUCUAGCAUAACUGUUAGAUGAGUCCAGCUUAUCAUUUUUUGUUACACUUGUUACUUAUUUUUAGUUAUUGUUUUAAACCAAAAGAUACUUUGAGUUUAAAAAAGUAAUUUUCUGUUGUAAAGAUAAUUGUUUAUUUGCAUAAUUUUGUGUACAGGUAAGAAGCCUUUAGAGUAAUGAUAAACUAAAUAAUAAUGUAUUGUAAUUUAUAUGUAAAUGAAAUACAUAAUUUACAUAUCAUAGGUUAACUUGUUUCACAUGUACUAGUCGUAUUGCCGUUUUUAUUGUCACUGCAACUGCAACAUCAAUGUAUGUGAAACAUAGGACCAGGUACCAGUAAUCAUUUUAUUUGUAGUCAUGAUUGUAAGUGACUACAAGUGGUAAAGCUUGUUUGUUUUAGUUUUGACCUUCUUCUUUACAAAACAAAAAAGGUUUGUUUGAGUCUUAACGUUUCAACACAUACUAAUAUUUUUUGUUAUAUCAUCAAGGGUUUCCAGUGAUUCAAUAUUUACAUGGUUUUGUUUAUGUUUUUGAUGCAAUGUUAAUCAAAUAUCUCAUUUUUUACUGUUCUUAGUAAUAAAAUUUCAUUUUGUUUUUACUGGA